GCGGCACAGGCUGGAUCCUUCGCUGACAGUUUCUAAUUUCAGAUAUCUUGCUCGGCCGUUUGGGCCACUUCUGGUGUCAGGAGGUAGUUGUGGACAAUUGUUUCUACAAGGUGAACUGACUCGGCUUGGGAAAAAAGGGAGGGCUGCCACUAUGGUGCUUUAUGAAAGAAUGAUUGAAGACAGCGGGCGGAGAGGUGACAACAUGGCAGAUCGAAGGCAACUGUUUGUUGAGAUGAGGGCCCACGACUUGGAUUCCAUCCGAUUGUCAACAUACAGAACGGCUUGCAAACUCAGAUUUGUGCAGAAGAAAUGUAACCUGCACCUGGUGGACAUCUGGAAUGUGAUCGAGGCUUUCCGAGAGAACGGGCUCAACACCAUGGACCUCACCGCUGAGCUCUCCGUGGCUCGCCUGGAGAUGGUACUGUCCACCAUUUUGUACCAGCUGAACAAACGCAUGCCCACCACGCACCAGAUCAACGUGGAGCAGUCCAUCAGCCUGCUGCUCAACUUCCUCCUGGCAGCCUACGACCCGGAGGGCCUCGGCCAGGUCACUGUCUUUGUCGUGAAGAUGGCCGUAGCAACUGUGUGUGGUGGGAAGAUUCUGGAUAAAUUAAGAUAUAUCUUUUCCCAGAUAUCGGAUUCCGCUGGAAUAAUGGUGUACGCACAGUUUGACCAAUUCCUGAGGGAGGUUCUCAAAUUGCCCAUGGCGGUUUUUGAGGGCCCUUCGUUCGGUUACACAGAGCAAGCUGCGAGAACCUGCUUCGCACAGCAGAAAAAGGUCUCCCUCAACACAUUCCUCGAUACGUUGAUGUCAGACCCGCCCCCUCAGUGUCUGGUGUGGUUUCCUCUCAUGCAUCGGCUGGCCAACGUGGAGAACGUCUUUCACCCGGUCGAGUGCUCCUACUGCCACACUGAGAGUAUGAUGGGCUUCCGCUACCGCUGCCAGCAAUGUCAUAAUUACCAGCUCUGUCAGGACUGCUUCUGGAGGGGGCAUGCCAGCGGUUCCCAUAGCAACCAGCACCAGAUGAAGGAGUAUACGUCAUGGAAAUCCCCGGCUAAGAAGUUGUCCCGCGCACUCAGUAAGUCGCUGAGCUGUGCGUCCAGCAGAGAGCCUCUUCACGCCAUGUUCCUCGAAACGCCGGAGAAGCCUCUCAACCUAGCUCACAUUGUGCCACCAAGACCAGUGAACUUCACCAACGACCACUCGCUCUCCCACUCCAUGCCGACAUCAGGGAACCCUUACUCCACCAAAAAUUUGCUCGAGACCAGUAACCAUCAAGAUGAAGAGCACAGUCUCAUCGCCCGCUAUGCUGCUAGACUGGCUGCUGAUGCUGCGGCUCAACAGCAGCGGAUCCCCACAGACCUCCCCUACUCUCUGGAUGCCAACAAACAGCAGAGGCAGCUCAUUGCCGAGCUGGAGAGCAAAAACAGAGAAAUCCUGCAGGAAAUCCAGCGGCUGCGGAUCCAACACGAGGAGGCCUCCCAGCCGCCUCCUGACCGGGGUCAGCAGAACCCCACUCUGCUGGCGGAGCUCCGUCUUCUCAGGCAACGCAAAGAUGAGCUCGAACAAAGAAUGUCGACUCUGCAGGAGAGUCGCAGGGAACUCAUGGUGCAGCUGGAGCAGCUAAUGAUGCUUCUCAAGACUCAGGGUCCCGGCUCGCCACGCUCUUCCCCCAGCCACACCAUUGGCCGGCCGAUCCCCACACCCAUCCACUCAGACUCUGCUGGCACGACCCCGACUCACACACCUCAGGACUCACUCAUGGGAGUGGGAGGGGAUGUCCAGGAGGCCUUCGCUCAGGGUCCAAGGAGGAACUUGAGGAACGACCUGCUCAUUGCUGCUGACUCCAUCACCAACACAAUGUCAUCGCUGGUCAAGGAACUCAAUUCAGAGGGUGGAAGUGAGACCGAGAGCACUGUGGAUUCAGACUUUGGCCGCGGUGACCUGUCGGCCAGAACCUCUUUAGAUCCCUUCAUCACCUUUAAACAAAGGAGCUUUGACAACGAUCUGGAGCAGCAGCUGGAGGACGAGCUCAGCUUGGAGCAGCUGAUGAAGCACAGGCAGGAACCAGACAAAACGUGCAUGGUGACUCUGCAGCAGUGACUGUGUUAGUCCAUGUUACUGGCGAGCAAUAUGAAAAGCAACAAAAGUAGAAGACACUGGACACUGGGCCGACACUGGGCCGACACUGGGCCGACACUGGGCCGACGGUACCGAGCACUGAAGAAAUGAAGACGAUUUUAAGUUGAAAAAGAAAAUAAUUGCUAAGUCCAACCGCAGACUACAUUUAUGUGAAGAUAUAUAUUUUUAACCAACCACAUAUUUCAAGUAAUACUGUGAGCUGAUGUAAAGAGAUUAAUUACUAAGCUGUCUAUGAUACCACAGGUGCCAUAAAAAGAAACUCAUGACUUUCUUCUUCUUAAUUUGUAUCCUUUUUACAUGAGUUGUGUCGCCAGUGUACGACAACAGUGUUCAUACACGGCGGCAAAGAUUCAAAUUCUCAUGUUUCUGAGUUUUACAUGAAACGAACCAGGAUUAAAGGUUUCUUUUCUCAUCUGCUUUAUGUUUGGAACUUGAGAUUACGUUGGAGAUGAGGCUAUUGACGAUACAAUUUGCAAUCUUUUGUAAAUGUAUAACUCUGGCCUGGUUCCCCUGAAGAGAUUUUAUCACUAUUCCGUAGAUUUCUUACUGUUGAUGUCAAGUGGCUUUUUGUAUUUUUUUUGUUUGUGUUUUGAAGCAGGCCGACUGCUAUUGAUCAGAUAGGUUUGUUUUUAUUUGACACAUCGGUGAUAAUAAUACACACUGCCUUAGCUGAUUGGAUGAUCUCACUGAGGAGUUUGUUCAAACUGUCGAUGCAGCUUGUAGCUAACAACACGACCCGUUCUGCAGAGAUGCGACGUGUGUCCACUGGGAAAAAAUGAGGUUAAACUUAUUUAAUCUGACGCUUGGAAAGGGAUUUUGGUUGAGAAAGAUUUGAACUGAAUAUAUGUACAAUGUCUACAUAUAAAUGGCUGAUUACAUAUAAGUUGUAAAUGGAUUGAAAGUGUGUUAAAAGACAGGUUCCAAGAGGUUUUCCAAAUAGCUAAAAUUCAAAGGUUUACACUGGUAAGGGCAUUGAACAAACUGUGUUUACUAUCAAUGGUUAAUGAAUUAAGGGUUCGAACAGAGAUCAUUCGCCAUUGCUUCCUUUGUUAGUGUCAGUGCUCUCACGCAGACCUGUGCAUGACUUGCACAGCAACCUACACUCUCUUGAUGUACUUUCAGAGUGUGAAAACUUUACUCAGUCAUUUUGGAGGGCGAAAAAAAGUGGCAAGCCAAUCUAAAAUCAUAAAUGUGUGAAAUAUAUCUAGUUUGAUUUUUGAGCAAGUUCAUAGCAGUGAUUUUGCAUGGUGGUGAUGCAUAAUAAAGUGUUGACACAAUAUCAAAAUCUG